AUGCCUAUGCAUAACGGGAUCCUGCCCCGGGAGGGCUUGUAUAUUGACCCCAUCGCCAGACUGGUUGGCAAGACGGUUUUGAACCCAUGGCUCACGCUCCCUUUGGUGCUUGCAGGAAAGUACACUCAGAAGGGCAAGUUGAUAGCUGGCAUCUACAGCAAGGCUUUUUGGCGCGUCAAGCUGCUGCUGUACCUCGGUCUUUUCCGCUCCAUCAAUAACUACCUGUCUCGGAAGUCCAAUAACAACUGGGUCAGUGACAAAUAUGUCUGGUCCAAGGAGAUUGUGGUUGUCACCGGCGGUUCCGCAGGCAUCGGUGCCCACAUCGUGCAGUUCCUGGCGGAGCGUGGCAUCAAGGUGAUAGUCUUGGAUAUCCAGCCCCUCACAUUUAGUGCAACGUCAUCUGUACACUUUUUCCAGAUCGACCUGACCUCGCCAGCCAAGCUGGCCGCCGUUGCCGAUGAGAUUCGGGCCCGGAUCGGCAAUCCAACUAUCCUGAUCAACAAUGCAGGCGUGGUCCGGGGCAAGACCAUCCUCGACUCCACGGAGCGCGACAUCCGCUUCACCUUUGAUGUCAACGCCAUGGCUCCCUUCUGGACCGUCAAGGAGUUCCUGCCCGACAUGGUCAAGAAGAACCACGGCAUGGUGGUCAACGUCAGCUCCUUUGCUGCGUGGAUCUCGUCGCCUGAGAUGGCCGACUAUGCCGGCUCCAAGGCCGCCGUCAUGGCCAUGCACGAAACCCUGUCCACUGAGCUCAAGGUCAGGUACAAGGCGCCGCGCGUCCGCACCGUCAUCGUGUACCCGGGCUUCACCAAGACGACGCUCUUCACGGGCUACAACUCCACCCAGCCCUUCAUGAUCCCCACAAUGGAGCCCGAGUCCGUCGCCGAGGCCAUCGUCCGCCAGGUCCUGAAGGGUGAGGGCGGCCAGGUCAUCAUCCCCGGCAUGGGUAACAUACUCGGCGCCCUGCGCGGAUUUCCCAUGUGGUACCAGAACAGGCUCCGCGAACAGACCUCGAUCCUGAUGACAAACUUUCAGGGACGCCAGGUCAUCAAGGACCUCGACAAGUUUUACGACGCCAAGUCGAGGCUCUCCGAUGGGGAAGAAAGCACCGUCCUGGUGGAAUAG